CUCGUUUCCACAUACGUAUGUUUUUCGUAUCCGUACUUCCGUAAAUUUACGGAAGGGGUCGCUAGUGCUUUACGUACGGACAUGAAUUUAUUUACGGACAGCCAAAAAGAUGGGGGAACGCAUGAUAAUGGCCGUUUUUCGGAGACCGGUACUGUGGAAUAUGAGGAUCGACAUCUACCGCGAUAAGAACAAAACCAACCAGGCUUUGAAGGAGAUCGGUGAGGAGUUUGGCCUGCCAGAAAAAGACUGUAAAAAAAGGUGGCGCGACCUGAGGGAUCGAUAUGUGAGGGAGAGGAGGGAGGCAUCAGAAACCACAGCCAGUGGCAGCGCUGCCAGCAACAGGAGGCCCUGGUGCCAUGCUGGACUGAUGGCCUUUAUAGACCCCUUCGUGGCAUCCAGGAUGACGACCAGCAACAUGCCAGAGAGUUGUGGGAAUGGUGUGGAUGAGAGUGUGAAUGAGAGUGAGAUUGAGAGUGUGCAUGAGAGUGAACGGGAGGCCUUCUUGGCAGCUACCAACUCCAGCAUGGAAGAUUUUGUGAAUGUGAAUGUGACUGAGAAUGUGAUGAAUGAGACUGUGGCGAAUGAGAGUGUGGAGAAUGAGAGUGUGGUGAAUGAGAGAGUGAAUGUGCAAGUGAAUGCAGGUCGGGCUGCAGGUUCUGCUGUUGCUCCGGGCAGGAAGAGGAGGGCUGGAAGGGCAGAGGCACCCAUGCCAGCCUUUGAGCGUAACCUGAUGCUCGCCCUGGAGAGAACAGCUGGCCCCAGUGUCCCUACUAGUCCGGUCGUGGAUGAGGACCACCAUUUCUUGCUCAGCCUCCUGCCAUCACUGCGGCGGCUGGAGCUUAGCAAGAAGGCAUUCUUGAAGCUACAGAUACAUCGCCUGAUGUAUGAGGCAGAGUUUCAAUAACAAACUCCUGUGACCUGGUGACUCCUGUUCUUUUAAUUUAAAAUGUUAGUUCUAUU